AUGACGCUGAGGCUCCUGGAAGACUGGUGCAGGGGGAUGGACAUGAACCCUCGGAAGGCGCUGUUGAUCGCCGGCAUCCCCCAGUCCUGUAACGCGGCCGAAAUCGAGGAGGCUCUGCGCGCCGGGCUAGCGCCCUUGGGCGAGCACAGGCUGCUGGGGAGGAUGUUCCGGAGGGACGAGAACAGGAAGGUAGCCUUAGUGGGGCUCACCCAGGAGACCAGUGUUGCUCUGGUCCCGAAGGAGAUACCCGGGAAAGGGGGGAGUUGGAGAGUGAUCUUUAAGCCCCCUGACCCGGAAAAUGAGUUUCUAACCAGGCUAACCGCAUUCUUAGAAAGAGAGGGCAUGACACUAGGGGAGCUGACCAGAGCUUUUGGGUAUGGGAACGACCCUCUUGACCCAGACCAGAACCCCAUCCCAGAAGCGCGGGCCCCCCUGUUGGCACAGGCGCUAGAUGAGGCUCUCCAGCCUGCCCUGCAAUACGUGAGCUACAAAAAGCUGAGGGUAUUCUCGGGCAAUGACCCCCCAAGGCCUGGCGAAGAAGACUUUGAAUCCUGGCUGUUUCACACCACUCAGAUGAUGAAGGGCUGGCAGGUGUCAGAUGCCGAGAAAAGACGGCGACUGAUAGAGAGCCUUAGAAGCCCAGCCUCCGAUGUCAUUCGUGUCCUCAAGAUAAACAACCCUUUCAUUAAGGUCCCCGAAUGCCUGAAGGCUCUUGAGCAGAUUUUUGGGCUUAUUAAUAAUCCUAGGGAGAUGCAGAUCCAAUAUCUGAGGACGCACCAGGAUGAGGAAGAGAAAUUGUGUGCUUACAUACUAAGGCUGGAGCCUCUGCUACAGAAACUGGUAAAGAGGGGAACGAUUGAGAGAGAGUUUGUGAAUCGGGCCCGCCUGGACCAAAUCAUUGCUGGAGUAGGGGACAAAUCGCAGCGCAAGCGGCUUGCUCAGCUGGAGGAGAACGGCGUGGCCCCUGGCUUGUUAGACCUCCUGCAGCUGAUAAAGGUUCAAGAGGCAAGUGACUCAGAGAAAGAGGAGGUGGUUCUCCAGGCAAAGUUAAUAGAGGGGCAUUACACCUGA